AUGGCGGACGACUCUUAUCGACCACAAAGAGAGAGAUCUCGUUCACCUCGUCGACAACGCUCUCGCAGUCCAGGACGCACCCAACGUCGUCGUUCAUAUUCUCCUCGCAGUCGCUCACGCAGCCGUGACGAACAUCGCAGAAACGAUCGCAGAUCUCGAUCCCCAAUGUCGGGUGCUGCAGGUGUAGGUGGUUCUGGAGGGUCAGCUUACGGUGGACAACCACAUAGGACAUACGAAGAGAGAGCUGCGGCCAGAGAGCAAAUGAUGAGCACUCUACGUGAAUCAUCGCAACAAGACCGUCGUGUCUACGUCGGCAACUUAUCAUACGAUGUUAAGUGGCAUCAUCUUAAAGACUUUAUGAGAUCUGCUGGAGAGGUCCUCUUUGCUGAUGUGUUAUUGCUUCCUAAUGGAAUGUCGAAGGGAUGCGGCAUUGUAGAAUAUGCUACGAGGGAGCAAGCUCAACAGGCAGUCAACACUCUGUCCAACCAGAACCUUAUGGGAAGACUCGUUUACGUUAGAGAGGAUCGUGAGGCGGAACCCCGAUUCACUGGUACUCCAUCUGGAGGCCGUGGUGGUUACGAAGGCGGCGGUCCACCAGGAGGUCGUGGUGGUUUCCAAGGUGGUUUCGGAGGUGGCAUGGCCCCUGGAGGUGGAGCUGGAGGUGGAGGACGUCAAAUUUACGUCUCCAACCUUCCCUAUACCGUUGGAUGGCAAGAUCUGAAGGAUCUAUUCCGCGGCGCUGCCCGAAAUGGUGCCGUUGUCCGCGCCGACGUUCAUGUUGGUCCUGAUGGACGUCCAAAGGGCUCCGGUAUUGUUGCCUUCGAAUCUCCUGAUGACGCUCGCAAUGCCAUUCAGCAGUUCAAUGGUUAUGACUGGCAAGGUCGCCCUCUUGAGGUCCGCGAAGAUCGCUUCGCAGGUGCUCAAGGAUUUGGUGGUGCUCGUGGAGGAUUUGGCGGUCGUGGAGGUUUCGGUGGCGGAUUUGGAGGCCGUGGAGGCUUCGGAGGUGGCCGUGGCGGAUUUGGCGGAGGAUUUGGUGGAGGUCGUGGUGGAUUUGGCGGAGGUUACGCCGGAGGUGCCGGUGGAUUCGAUGGUGGUGCUGGAGCUCCCGCAGCUGCACCUAACCCUUUCACCGACCACGCUACCGCUGGAACUGAGAGAAGUGAGAUUAUCUAUGUUCGCAACCUUCCAUGGUCCACUAGCAACGAAGAUCUUGUCGAGCUGUUUACCACCAUUGGCAAGGUCGAACAGGCUGAGAUCCAAUACGAGCCUAAUGGCCGAUCCCGUGGUACUGGCGUUGUUAGAUUUGACUCGGCCGAGAAUGCCGAUACCGCCAUCGAAAAAUUCUCUGGCUACCAAUAUGGAGGCCGUCCUCUCGGCUUGAGCUUCGUCAAGUACCAAAUCCCUGGUGGUGCCGGUGAUGCUAUGGAGACAGAAGUCACUCACCUCACACAAGAUCAAAUCAUGUGA